AUGAAGAAAUUUGUGCAAUUCAAUGUUAACUGUAAUCAUCAACAAAUGUUAAAGUUGAAAUUGCUUGAUGAAUCAACAAAUGUUAUGUAUAGUAUAGAAGUAGGAAAAGAAGAUUACAAUCGUGCUCAUAAAGAUAAUGAUUUUGCCAACGUGCUUCUGGAGAAAGCGAAAGCAUUACGUUCAAAUUACAAAAACUCUACACCUAGUAACUGUAGUACCUCUCCUGUAGUACCUUCAACAGUUGAUAACAAUAAACCAAGUUGUUCGAAGAGUAGUGUUCAAUACGAGAAUACUUCAGAUAUUGAAAACUAUAAUGAAGACAAUUAUAAUCAAGCUGAACGAGAGGAGCUUAAUAUAGAUUCAAAUGAGGGGCGAUGGACACACGAAGCCACGCUUUUGCUAAUCUCAUUGUAUAAAAAAAACGCGUAUAUGCUAGAGAAAGUUCCUCAAAAAAAAAUGUGGACGCAAAUUUGCCAACGUAUAAAACAUGAACAAAAAUAUAACUUUACGGUUAAUCAAUGUUAUAAUAAAAUGGAUACUUUAAAAAGACGAUAUCGUCAGAUUAUUGAUCAUAACGCUCAAAGUGGAAAUGACAGGAAACAAUGGAUAUAUUUAGAGCCAUUAGAUGAGAUCUUUCGCGACAAACCUUGGGUAAAACUAUUAUCUGUAGCAGGAUCGCAUACACGAGAUCCUGAAAAAUCUUUAUUUGAUGAUAAUGAACAGGAGCCAUCAACUA